AUGAAGCAGAAAAGAGAAGGAAAGUUUGUUUUUGAAGGAAAAUUCCCGUUAAUCAGAUUUGGAAUUUUUGCUGAAGAUAGUGAUCAGUCAGAUUCGGAUAAUCAAUCUAAUCCUAUAGAGACUGAAGAUGUUGUGAUUUCAACUUCAGAGGUGGAGAUUGAAGAAGUUCAUGUUUCUCCUAUUGCUAUAGUGCCUGACGAACAUGAUCAUCUAUACAAUGUGGAAGUUGAAACACAAUCUAUCCAUGAAGAAGGUGAUGAGGAUCUUAAUGAAGAUGUGGAUUUUUUGAAAGAGAUAGACUUCACCAGGAUCAGUGAUGAUAUCCCUACAAACAUUGAACUUGAUCUUGACGAUGACGAGCUUGGUCCACUUCCGGGGUUUAACAACAGUUGUUUUAGAAAGGUCAAUGAAGUUGCUACUUUAGCAACCAAGACUGGGGAAGACAGUAUUGUUCUCAAGAUUUUUCUCUCAUCUUCUAAGCCUUUGGAGGUUUAUUCAGGUCAAAGAGAUUCUUCUUUGGAAAGAAGUCAAUCAAAUACAAGUCUGGGAGUGCCCACUGUCAGCCAUGAACCUCAAGUCUUAUCCACUGUUACCACUGCUAUUGUUUUCACUCCACCACUACAAUCAGAUGAAGGCCCAAGCACAAUGUUUGAGAUAGGUGGUUCAUCCUCUGUUCCAGAGUAUUCUCCUACACAACCCUCACUGGAUGAAGCCUCAAUCAGAUUGGCCAAGCACCUUGCACAAAACAGUCCAACCUCUUCCUCUCGGGGUAAAGGCAUAUCUUUCAGGGAAGAGCAUUCAGGUGAUGACAAGUCUACAAUGUCAGAACUUCGAGAAGAGAUUGGGGAUAAAGUUAAAGCCUUAUUUCAGCAGCCGCACGGAAUUGAGGAUCCUCCCAUGGACACCACACAAUAUACUCAUGGCGAACCUCCAGUUGAUCCAUCUCCUCCUAGAACAACUACCAUUGUCGAUUGA